AUGUCUGAUGAAGCUCAGUUGGUCUCAUUCAGCUCCUUGGUUGUAUCAAAGCCCCAGAAUCAUGGCGGACUUCCGAAAUUCAAACAGUUAGUGGAUGAUCUUUUUUUGCCUGUUGAGAGAAUCACUAGAAACCUUCAGCUCGGGAUAAGCUUGAAGAAAGCAGACGUCAUAGAGAGAUUUAUUCGCAACUACCGUCAAACUGUUGGUAACGAUAUAUUACCAGUUGCGCAUUUAUUUUUCCCUAAAUGGGACAGGGACCGUGUCUACAUGAUGAAAGAGUACAGACUCGGCCACCUUGUAUGCCAAUACUUGAACUUGGGGAAGAACAGCGAUGAUUACAAGACAAUUGCGAACUGGAAACGGCUCUCCUAUAAUAGGGUUCAUGCUACUGUCAAGUUUUCAGAUUUGCUUGUAAAAGUGAUUCUCGAAAGAAGAGUUCGACCGGUAAUCAAAGAUUCACUGGGAGUCGAUGACAUCAAUGAUAUGCUAGAUAAAUUGCAAGGAUUUGCCCAGGAUUCAAAACUCGAUCAGAUGAAGUUGAUUAAAGAAGCUAUAGAUAGGCUGACCGACAGCGAGCUACGUUUCUUCUUUCGAAUCGUACUCAAGACUGAUCCUAUAGGCUCAGAAAGCGUGUUCUUACGAUGCUGGCAUCGAGAUGCUAAGAAAUUGUAUGACUUGACUCAUGAUCUCAAACUGGUUUUCUGGGGGCUUAGUGAUCCCAAUUUUCAGCUUUCGGAUAAGGAAAAGGAAAUACAGUUGAUGCUUCCAUUUACUCCUCAGAGAUGUCAGAGAGUUAGAGACCAAUACGUUAAAAUUCCAUCCGAGAACUUUAACGAUGGGCCGUUUUUUAUUGAAGAGAAGUUCGAUGGAGAGCGUAUUCAAGUUCAUAUUAAGCGGGUAGAUGGAGAGAGAUUUCAGUUCAAGUAUUACACCAGGAAUGCGAUGGACUACACAUCAAUUUACGGCGAGUUUUCGACGUCUUUAAGAGGUUGUUUGUCACCAUUUCUAGGUCCUGAAAAUUUUGACUUACAUAUGCACAGUUGCAUAUUGGAUGGAGAAAUGAUAUGCUAUGAUCCAAUAUUAAAAGUUCCACUUCCCUACUCUGUGCUUAAGACGUCUGCACUACACUCUCUUUCAGCUAAACCUGGAAGUAAAAAUCCUCAUCCUAUGUUUGUAGCCUUUGACUGUGUCUUUGUGAAUGGCGAGUCGCUUGAGAAGUAUCCACUUGAGCGCCGAAAGAAGGUUUUGAGUUAUGUGUUGAAGAAACCUAUUGCAAAUUUAUUUGUGGCGGCUGAUUUUAUUGUUGCUCGGACUGGUGAUGAGAUCGAGAAAGCCAUGGACAGAGCGAUUGGCAUGGAUUCAGAAGGUUUAGUUCUCAAAAGCAUACAAUCCAAAUACGACAUAGGAGCCACUACGAAGCAAUGGAUCAAAAUCAAACCGGAAUAUUUGGAAGAGUUCGGUGAGAAUUUGGAUUUGGUAGUGGUUGGAAAGAUUCCUGGCAUUAAGAGUUCCUUUUUAUGUGGUCUAAGGGACGAUAAUGAUUCAGGCUGUAAAUUUAUGACAUUGUGCAAAAUAUCCAACGGGUUUUCUCAAGAUGAUUAUAGACACAUUGAUAGGGUAACGGCAGGAAAGUGGAAGGACAUCAACAUGGAUCCGCCUAACGAUAAUUUAGUAAAGUUCGGGAAGACUUUGCCUGUUGUUUGGAUAGACCCAAGAGAUUCAGUAGUAAUUGAAGCAAGAGCAAGGUCCAUCACUAGGCAGCCAGAGCAGGAAUUUUACGCUACCGAUACCACGCUAUACAACGCUUUUUGUGUGAAGAUACGUACCGAUAAAGACUGGAAAACUGCAAGUACCUUGAAAGAAUAUGAACAGUCUUCAAAUCAGUCGAAACUCUACAAUGCUCAGAAUGUUAUUGGGAAUGAGUCUAAAAAGAGAAGGAUAGGGUAUCCAAGCAAGAAGAUAACAAUGCUUCAAAAAUUGAAUGAAGAGUACGAGGUAGGCGGUUUGGCACCUAAGAGCAACCUAUUUGAGAGUUACAUUUUUAGUAUUAGAACAGAUUGCAUCUAUCUGGGAAAGCUGGUAAGAAUAAGAGAGCUUAACCAGAUUGUUAGUGAUAAUGGGGGAGCUUUAGCACGUAAUCCUGAAUCGGUCGUGCUAGAUACUGAUAAGCACGAGAGGCUAAUGGUUAUAGCGGAGAAAAUGACUAUUGAGGUGAAAGAUCUCAGCAAUAAGUAUAACGUGUUUCGGUUCAAGUGGUGCGAAGAUUGCCUAGCAGUAAAGGAAUUGAUAGAGCCAGAUUUGACACAUAUACUAGUUGCUGAACCGAGCUUGGAAGAAGAUUGCCGUAAGAGACUUGAUAAAUUUGGAAAUAACUUGGUAACUCCUUUGACUGAGUAUACAUUAUGGAAAAUGGUGCCAUCCGAGGAGAGAAAUGAAGUGAACUUGAGCCAAGAGGAAUUGAAUCGGUAUCACAGUUUCUUCGUUUUCUACAAAAUGAAGUUUAAGGUGAUAUUCUCCGCAGAAAAUGCGAGAAUUGGUUCAAUUGUUGCACAAGAAAUUGAAAUCAACGGCGGAAAGGUGUGCGAGAGCUUGGAAGAAGCGUCAAUGAUUGUGGUAGUACUCUUCAAAGUGGAUAAGCAGAAUAGUUUCGAAUCAUACUCUAGCACAACAGCUAUAGUACAACGAACUAUGAGGCAAAGAAAUGAACUACGAAAGCUUUGCAAAAGAAUACCAAGAGUUGUUUCACACAGCUACAUUCGUGCUUGUACAACUAGCAGCUCACUUGUAGAUCCUGCUGAAUAUAAACGCGCUCAGUUCGCGGACCUCGAGGCUUGCGAGCAAAUAGAAAAGCUAGGAAAGGAUGGAUGUCUUGUCAUCCCACCUAUUAUCAAGGCUUCAGUGGUGGACGAUACUGACGUGCCUGGAAAUGUGUCGACGUUGAAGAUAGCGAGGAACGAGAAGUAUGCCAUUGAAUUUACCAAAGAUGAACCUGUUAUGGAGACAUUGGGCAAUCCAAAAUCGACAUUAUCACUUACAAUUCCUCCAUCUGUUCCCGUUUAUGUGAAGAGAGGGUCUCUCAUAUCUAUAUUCAUGGCUGAUUCUGGUGCUAAUCUAGAUACCGCGGUAACAAGCACCUUGAGAAUCAACCAACCUAUUAGGAGGUUUCUUUAUGGGGGAUUCACAUCUACAUAUCAAAGGUUGUUAUCUACGGUAUCAUUGAAUUUGAUGAUCUCCGCAUAUUCCAAAGGAGGUCCCUUAUCUUCUUUCAUGUUCAGUACUAAGGCUCAGUCGACCAAGACUUUCUGUAAUAUUGCUAUGGAUGGAACGAUGGAUUGGGCUUUGCUUGAUCCCAAGUCUUUGCACGUGUAUACGGGUAACAAUCUGUUGGUCACAAGUCAGAUGCUUCCCAAAAAGACAAAUGGGAAGAAGAAGUUAGACACCGGGUUAUAUAGUCUUUUCCAGUCGGGUUAUACGCUAUUGACUGGAAGAGGAUACGUUUCCUUGGUUGGAUCUGGAUCUAUCUUCAAGCUUGGAUUGGCUCGAGAUGAGGAGAUCUACAUCAAGCAGGCUAAUUUGUUGGCCACGACGAUAAAAGAUGUCAGUGAGCUUUCUUCGGGAUAUUUCAUUGGCAAGAAUAUAGACAAUAAGACUUUUGCGAAAUCUGUGAAGGUCAAAGCCAAGAAGGAGGUGGGAUUGGGGGAAUUGGAAACUACAAAGAGUCGCUUGUCGUGGUUUGGUGCAUUCAAAUCCAUGUUAGUUAAAGUUUUGUCCAUUCUAGCUUCUAGCCAAGCAAGAGUGAGCAAAUUGGUUGCUUUUAAUGGGAGAUAUAUCAAAGUUAAAGGUCCAAGGACGCUUUUGAUACAGACCAGCUCGGGAUUGGACAAAUUUGUGUAUAACAGUACAUUACUAGGGAGAUCUAAAUUUCGAGGAAGUAUUACUGACGUGGAAAAGUUUAUCAGGAAUAAGCAACAGCUCAGUAAGCCAGAGACUGAGAUUCACAAAUAA